CAAUUCCAGAGACGGUCGCAAAUCCAUCGCUUGGAUAUGCACGCUGGAGACAUAUCUGUUACUUGAUUGUUCAGACCAUCCGAAGCCAACCGCGAAAUGCUCGAAUUUCCCAAGUCCGACCGUACCGUUCGGGUGCGAAUGGUCGAUACCACCACUUUAAUGACUGUCAAUUCUGGAUUCCUCAUACAACCAGUGCAGCCGGGCCAUGAGAUUCUGAACCUUACUAAUGUUGCCUUUCUUAUAGAACAUGAGGCAUCAAAUCAGAAGGUCAUGUUCGACCUCGGCACGCGAAAGGACUACUGGAACCUCCCUCCAGUCGUUCGCCAGCCUUUUGAUCAAGCCAUGAAGGCGGCGAGAGUAGACAAGGAUGUCACCGAGAUCCUUUGUGAGAAGGGCAUUGAAUUGCGCGACAUUGGGUCUGUCAUAUGGUCUCACUACCACUGGGAUCAUAUAGGAAACGUCGCUCUGUUUCCCCCAACCACCUCCUUGGUUGUAGGCCCUGGUUUCAAAUCCCAUCCUCAUUUACUGCCUGGCUUCCCGGACGAUGCUGAGUCUCCAGUGUCAGCGGAUGCGUUCGUAGGGAGAGACGUGGUUGAGCCUGACUUUGCAGAUGGAUUGACGAUCGGAGGGUUUCGUGCACAAGAUUUCUUUGGAGAUGGUUCAUUCUAUUUGCUGGACACACCUGGGCACUGCGUCGGUCACUUAUGCGGUCUUGCCCGAACAACGGCUGACACCUUCGUCUUCCUUGGUGGUGACAUCUGCCACUUUCCGGGCGUCAUAAGACCGAACGCCAGGCUUCCAUUCCCAGACAACAUCCCGUCAGAGGCCUUGGACAAAGAUUCGUUCUUUCCAAGUCCAUGCCCAUGCAGCAUUUUCACAAAUAGCCACCCGAUAGCCAAGGUUGACCCGAGACAAGAACCCUUCUAUGAGGUUUCCGGUUGCGAAGGAAGUGCCUUUUUCGACGCGGAGGUUGCACAGAAGUCUGUCACUAAACUCUUGGACUUUGAGGCAUCCGAGAAUGUUUUGAUAUGUAUAGCACAUGAUUCUGAUCUGCUACUGCAUCUUCCCACGUUCAAUGACUCGCCGUCCUCCGACCUCAACUUGUGGAAAGAGAAGGGUUGGAAGGAGAAGCUGCGCUGGGGAUGGGUCAAUGAGCUGCCGCGUUCUGGUCGUCCUGGCAGGAAGCCACAUGUUGAAGGGUACUGGCGCGAUGGUAAGUUAUGGGAAGAGGCGGUGCAGACGCUUCGUCGCAAGGCAGAAACCUAUCGCAAGGCCCAUUUGUCAGAGAUGUCAUCGAAAGACACCCUUCCUCUGUUCCUCCACGAUCUCAAGAACUCUGGACAGUACAGUGACCUCAAGAUUGAGUGUGAAGGAGAAGCAUUCCAUGUGCACAAAGCCAUCGUCUGUUCCCAGUCUGAGAUCCUAUCUCAUAGAUACAAAGACGCGUCUGAGGGUGCUCCUGAGGCAGUCAUUCAGAUCGACGGAUAUGGUACAGCGACAGUGAAACUGAUGAUCGAGUUCCUAUACUUCGGAGAUUAUGCGAUCCCUGAUAAAGGAUUCGUCGAGUUCGUCAAGGAAGUGUUCGAAAAGGCUGAUACAACGAUACGUCAAAAGCUAUCUAAACUUAUUAGUGAACAUAUUGACGACUUUGGCCACACCGAAGUGCUGGAGAAGCUCAUCGAUGACGAUCUGAGCAGAUGCGUGAUCAUGGCUAUGAAGGCAAGGUAUGAGUGGACGCAGCCACAGUUGAUGGUUACUCAGGAAUGCCUGAUAACGACGAACAGAACAGUGGAGAGUUUGAAAGCACAGGUCGAGGUGCUGCAGAAGAAGAUCAGUAAUAUGAAGGCUGGUGUAGAGCAAGGCCACAAUCUGCUUCAUAACACAAAGACUUGCCGUCAUUGCGGUAUGAUGUUCCUUGGCAAUAUUGUAUGCAAAGGUGCUAUUGAAGAUGGCUAUUUUCUUCGUUGCAUUCGAUGCCGAACCAAACACCGUUAG